AAAAUUUAAAUGAUGGUGACACUUGUGUAAUAUAAUAAUAGUACAAAAUAAGAUCUUUUGUUUAUGUUUUUCCCGUCAUGCUCGAGUAGACGCCAUUUUGAAUAGAAAGUUCGACAACCGACGAAAAUCUGUUGUUAUUGUGGAAAUAUUUUGAGGAUGUCUACAAAUGCUGCAAGAUGACAGGUCUCAUCAACAGCUCUUAAAAUUUGAACAGUUGUUCAUUCAUAAUGGACCCAGAAUAUGAAAAACGUCUUCUACGGCAACAAAAUGGUUCUCCAUACUCUUCACCACUAUCAUUGAGUCCAGGUAGUCCUCUUUCCUCACCAAGUAAAGACAAGUAUGGUGAUAGAUUUAUUCCCGCAAGAGCAGGAGCUGCAUGGCAUAUUAACUUUAACUUGAAUACGGAAAGUCCACGUCAGUCACCAGUUGCAAACAGGAAAGCUCGGGAGAUAGCAGCUGAUCAGGGAAAAGAUGGUUUAGCAUAUAAUUGUCUGUUAAAGAAUGAACUACUGUCGGCUGGUAUUGAGGAUUUAAAGGAUCAGCAUCCAGACGAAAGAAGAAUACUCGUUCCUAAAGAGAGUAGAAAUUUAUUUAGAUAUCAUGUGCCACGCAGAAGUUCUGAUGCAGAGUCUUCACCAUACUCAUUAUCACCAGUAGGAAGUAAAAGUCAGAAAUUGUUACGCUCACCAAGAAAGGCUGUUAGAAAAAUAUCCAAGAUACCCUUUAAAGUGUUGGAUGCACCGGAGCUGCAAGAUGAUUUCUACCUGAAUCUGGUGGACUGGUCCUCACAGAAUGUUCUUAGUGUGGGACUUGGAACAUGUGUAUAUUUAUGGAGUGCUUGUACUAGUCAGGUAACGAGACUGUGUGACUUGUCAGGAGAUGGGGAUACUGUCACAUCAGUAUCAUGGGCAGAAAGGGGAAAUCUUGUAGCUGUAGGGACACACAAGGGGUAUGUACAGAUAUGGGAUGUGGCUGCUACAAAGAAAAUCAACACAUUAGAGGGACACAGCGCAAGAGUUGGGGCAUUAGCUUGGAAUUCGGACAUGUUGUCAUCUGGUAGCCGUGAUAGAUUAAUUCUUCAAAGAGAUAUUCGAACACCAUCUGUGGCCCCGGAGAGGCGAUUGACUGGUCAUAGACAGGAAGUAUGUGGACUCAAGUGGUCACCUGACCAUCAACACCUGGCCUCAGGUGGUAAUGACAAUAAACUAUUUGUGUGGAACAUGACAAGUUUGUCACCAGUUCAGACAUAUACGGAUCAUCUCGCAGCUGUGAAGGCUAUAGCUUGGUCACCCCACCAGCAUGGACUAUUAGCUAGCGGUGGGGGGACAGCUGAUAGGUGUAUAAGAUUCUGGAAUACGUUAACAGGACAACCAUUACAGAGUGUUGAUACAGGGUCACAAGUCUGUAAUCUAGCUUGGUCAAAACACUCAAAUGAAUUGGUUAGUACCCAUGGUUAUUCACAGAACCAGAUCUUAGUGUGGAAAUAUCCAUCAUUAGUACAGAUUGCUAAGCUCACAGGUCAUUCAUACAGAGUAUUAUAUCUUGCAAUGUCGCCUGACGGUGAGGCCAUAGUCACAGGUGCUGGAGACGAGACUCUCAGAUUCUGGAAUGUAUUCAGCAAAACCAGAUCUACCAAGGAGUCCAAGUCAGUGUUGAAUCUCUUCACACGUAUUCGUUAAAAUUAUGGUUCCGUCUCUUUUCCAUGAUCAGCCAGAUCUAAGCAAAAAGAACAGUUCACCCGGUUACCACAGCAUUGUUCAUUUGUCUUAUCAAUUGUAUAUUGCAAGACUGAUAUUAGGUUUGGAAGCAAAUGGAACAAUUUUUCAUCUCAUUUCGGUUUCUAUACUCCUUGGGUACAUGUUUUACAAGGGUAUAUGUGGUAUUUGGUUAAAAUGUGGUAUUUUGAUCAUAUAAUUAAAGUGCAUGUUUGUUUUUGUAGUCGUUAUUUAAGUAUUUACAUGUAGUUGUCUGUAUUUGGUGAAUUUGUCUAUUUAUAGAUUUUGAAAGUGCAAGGAAUGCGAAAUAGGAUUAGUUAUUUUGUUUUUACAUGGUCUUAAAUUUGUAAGUUUUCUUGGAAAAAUAUUUAGACAGUGGCAAUUAGAAAUGAGUGGAAACAUUACCUUUAUCCUAUUUACCUGCAAUGAGGUUUUAAAAAUUGUCUGCUGAUGCAGAGUGGAUGGUGAGGCAUUUAUGAAUCUAAAACCUAUGCCUUGCCUUCAUUCUGCAUAUUGUUUUACUUGCAGAUAAUGUUUUAAGUCCUAUCGGGUGCUUCUUUAAAGUUGUUGUGUUAGAAGCUCUUAUCUGAAUUUUAUUUGAAAGUCUCGUGUAUUUAUUUAAAUGUCAGAAUUGGUAGUUAUAAGUUUUUAUGCCGUUUAAAUCCAUAUUGUUACUCCUGACAAGUUUUAGACUGGGUGUUUUUUUUU